CGCGUCGCUUGCAGGAUGGCUGGUCGGCAGGAGGCGAAUAGUGAAGGACUGGCUCAAAACGUGUCUUAUAGAUUCCUGUUAUUUGCAUAUUUCUUCUUAAAUUAAACGGAAGUGACAUUUAGUCUCCGACAGCAGCAGAGUUAGCUCGCUACUGUAUGGUGAUGUACUUAGCUUCACGUUAAUUGGAGCUAAAGACGAACCAUCAGGUCAGAAUCUUAAAAAUCGUUGUUGUUUUCCUUUUUUGAUGGACAUUUCUUAUAAGCAUUGGGGCUAUACGCGGCCGUGCGUGCAGGUAGGUUAAAGACCAACACAAAAAGCAGUGAAGUGCAGGCAGGAUAGCCGUGUUUGCGUGGUGUGGCUGCAGGUCGGUGCCACGGCGGCGUCCACGUCUCCUCCAGCUGAGCCAGGCUAGCGUUCCAUUUGUCCUCGGAAGUGGGGAUUUCGCAGUUCCCAGUCGGAAUUUUCAACUGGAACGCCCCUCGAAGUGGGAUUUCCCACUGGGAUAGUGGGAGAGUCUUCACCACCCCCGAGUUCACAUUCCAAGAUGGCUGCCCCGGUUGUAAACAGUAGAAGAGAGCUCUGUAAAAAUUCGUAGCACUUCAUUCUAGUUUUGGUCACACUAAAUCAGUCGUAUACAAGUAUUGUUCGGCAUAUAUAUGCUGCUAUAUUGUAAUUUACAUUUUUCGUGUGGUAUAUGAGAACUACAAACUUGUUUACCUACUUUGUAACGGGAACGCUGAUAACUCGGCUGUGACGUCAUUCCGAGUUCCGACUUCCGAGGUAAAUGGAACGCAGCAUAGGCCACGGCAGCCCGGAGGACCGGUGUUCUGGCGAGUUUUGCUACCCUAUCAAAAAAUACCUUUUGUAGAGCUACACUUGCACUGGGUUUUACUCCCUAGCCCACGUCCUUUCCCCCCCAAAGUUGUCCUUGUCGCUUUCCAGGCCGUCAUUGUAAAUAAGAAUGAGUUCUUAAUGACCUGCCUGGUUAAAUAAAGGCGAAUGACUGAAUUAAUAUAAAAUAAAGCGAUAGAAUUGUUUUUUUUCUCUUUAUCGUAUAAUGUUCACAACGUGUAAUGCAAUUCGUGUCAUGAGUAGUGUAUUUUGAAGGAUCAAAUACUCCAACAUCCCAUAUUAUCAAUUUUACAUCGUGCAAGAAAUGAUGGUCGUGGCAAUCAAACUUUGAAAAAUCGACUGUGCGCAUGCGCAGAACCACAAAGUAGCAUUUAUCAGUGGGUAGCAAAAAUCGGCGUAACACCGGCGGCCCGGCGCGCCUCCCGGAGGAUGCCGAACCAGUAGACGGGGGGAGAGACGGGGGGAGGACGGUGCACACACACAUGUGGACGCCCCCGGCCAUGCACGCGUAAAGCGUUAGUGCUUUUUCCACGAGCGGUUGCCGCAUACAAUACAAUGCACGGCAUGUCACGUACACGGAUGUGUUUCACGUCGGGGAGACGCUCUCGCUGAGCUCGCCGCUGCCGCUGCUGCUGCUGCAGCAAACCGACCCGCAGGGACCGCAGGGGCCGAGACUGUUGUGUGUUUUAUAGAGAUGAUCGGCUUCGGUGGGAACCGCCGCGGAGGCCGCAUCCCGUCCUUCAUCCUCAUCUUCUUGACGGUGGUCGUCGUCAUCCUGUGCUUCAACUACUGGACGGUUUCCAGCAAGCAGGGCCGCCUGCUGGACGAGCUGGCGGAGCUGCGGGCGCAGCUGACGCGCACCGACGCUGCCCGCGGCCGGCUGGAGAAGCGCAGCUCCGAGCUGCUGCUGCAGGUGGAGACGCUCAGGAAGCAGCUGGAGACCAAGGACGGAGACCUCAGCAUGCUGCAGGGCAAGCUGCAGGCCCGGGAGGACCUCAGCAACAAGUGUGCGGAUGAAAAGAUGAAGAUACAGGAUGAUGUCACAGCCCAAAUGACAGAGAUACAGAGAUUGAAAGAGCAGCUAAAGGAGCUGAAGCAAGAGUUCAUGAAGCAAGAACAGCAGCUAAAAGACGUGAGAAAAAACAGCACCACCUUGGAGAAGAAGUUGGAGUAUGAGAGUUUACAAUGUGGACGUCAGAUUGCACAACUGAAAGACGAAUAUGAAGAAACAAAAAAGACCUUGGAGGAAGAAGCAUCCAAGCUAAGACAGAGUAUAAUGGAUGGCCAAAAGCCUGUAGUCGCAGGUAGGCACGCAGGUGCAGCACCUGGUGUGGACAAGGUUGGAGAGCGCCACACAGUGGCCACUCACCAGCAUGACAGACAGCCGGAUCUAAAAGAAGAGAUGGGUAAACCCGGCAGUGAUGCUGGCAUGCCUGGUAUUGAAGACAGUGAGGUGGGAAAAAUUGAUGAAGUACAGUUCGCCUUGAAGAAACCAGCCAUCACUCAAAAGCACCAUGAAGUCGUGGCAGCUGGUGCUGACCCCGGAAUUGGAGCAGCCGAUGGUCCCGGAGGCCAAGGCCUGUCACUGGACCAGCCCAGACUCCAGAUGGACCGGCUGGAGGGCCGAGCUGCCGUAAUUGCUGCUCCAGGCAUCAUCAAGCAGGCAGACAAACCAAUAGUGUUUGAAGAAGAUAACAAAGCAGGUAUAAAGGCAGAUGAGCUGGGAGAACAGCAAAGACAAAUCCAAGCUCCUGAGAGCGUCAAGGGCGACACCGAACAUUUGAAGAGGAUUCCUCUUCCCCCCAACGCUGCUCAGUUACCCAACCCUAUCCAGCCCCACCAGGCCAAAGACAAGCUUCCAGCAGAAACGGUGCACCACCGCCAAAGCCGGUUCUUUGAUGAGAACGAGUCCCCAGUAGAUCCGCAACACGGCUCUAAGCUAGCGGACUACAAUGGGGAUGAUGGGAACGUGGGUGAGUAUGAGGCCGACAAGCAGGCCGAGCUGGCCUACAAUGAGGAAGAGGAUGGUGAUGGUGGGGAGGAAGACGUUCAAGAUGACGAAGAUCGGGACAUGCAAGGCGAGCGAGCAGUGGAUUAUGGAAAAAGACAUCAAGCAAAUGACAUUCUUUGAAGGGAGUCGUAUAGCUGUAACUUAUUUAAAAUGCUCGGACCAUCCUCUACAAGCUGGGUGUCUCUUGACAAAGUAGUUUGAACAUCGGUUUAAAAAUGUAUUGAGGGCAUCCUCGGUGACAAGGACUACUGGAAGAGACGGGACAAUUUCAUUCUGAAAAAUGUCAUAUAACAUAAAAACACUUGGCACUUUGCUGUGUUGCCAUAGAUUUGUAAAUGGUUUGAGGCUAUGAGAGUAGAAAAAAAUAUACUGUAAAUUGACUGUUGAGUUUUGUUACCAAAUAACUGCUUCAGUUCUUUGUGGAGAGAUCUAAGGGAGCAUCUUAACUUGCAUCUGAACCUUAGUUAGUCAUCUUUUGUUUUACCAAUAUUUCUGUUGGCUUCUGCUUGAUAUAAACACACACUUUCUGAGAUAUUUAUCAGAGACUAAUUUGGCAUUCUGCCUUUCUAACAUACUUUUGGGACUUUUAUCUGGAAGACUUUUUUUUUUUUUUUUUUUUUAAGGAAUGGGAAUACAAAACAAUUGCCAAGGACAUUAUGGUAUGGCCUAUUAAAAGAUUCUUCUUCUUUUGUGACAGACACUCAAAUGUGCUCAUCCUUUGGUUUUUAAAUGCCAUUGCAUGCAUUUAAGAGUUUUUCAUAAUCAAACUGAGCAAGAUACUAUUGCUUAAGCAAUACUUGAGUGGCGUUGGUAUCCUCCACACUGUGCAAAGAUUUAACAAGCACAUAUGGAUAACUGACAAACUUACAUAUGCUUCCAUUCAUGAGGUCUCUUGAACAUGAUGUAGUCGAAUUGUUAUCAUUUGUACUAAAGGAAAUGUAAUUCCUCACCUUCGGGGGAAACAUUGUAAACCUGAAAUCAGCCUGUUUGUGCAACCAGGAAAACAAACGUCCUCUUGAGAAGGAACAAUGAAUGUAAACUUAAUUUUAUUAAAGACGGUUCUUCAUGUCA